GUAGCCUGGAUCAUAAGUUUGAUUAUUAACUCUAGUUAUACAUCUGCUUGGGAUAUCAAGAUGGAUUGGGGUAUUCUGCAGCUGAACAGUCAUCAUUUUUUGCUUCGAGACGAUUUGGUGUUUUAUAGAUGGACAUAUUAUGUAGCCACUCCUCUCAACAUCAUGCUACGAUUUGGUUGGAUUCUUAAUACAUUAAACUUGAAUCUCUCCAAUGACAUGACCAGCUUUAUCGUGGCAGCCCUAGAAGUAUACCGUCGUUUCCAGUGGAACUUUUUCCGUCUUGAAAAUGAGCAUAUAAAUAACUGUGGCAACUUCCGAGCGAUCAAAGAAAUUCCAUUGCCAUUUGCCUUUACUAAAACCAAUAAGGUUACCAUUGAUCAAGAAGAAGGACGUAUUCAAUUGCCAAUUGAGCCACAUGAAAUUGCCACACCUAGUCAAGCCAAGACUUCAAUUGAUAUGAUGGGAUCUUUCUAUGGUCGCAGAGAUUUUGAAAACAAACAAGAUUUAGAAGAAAAGAACGCGACAACUGCAAAGAUGCUCAAUCCUCGUCCUUCAAAGGUUGAGGCUGUUUUGGAAAGAAUAAAGUCUCGAAAGUCAUCUGUGGCCCUGGAAGAAUCAGAGACUGAUCAAGAUGACAGUUUAGAAGACGAAGAUAGUGAUUAG